AUGGAUCGGUACCAGAGAGUGGAGAAGCCUAGAGCAGAGACACCAAUCGAUGAGAACGAGAUUCGAAUUACAAGUCAAGGAAGGAUGCGCAGCUAUAUCUCGUACGCCAUGAGUCUGCUUCAAGAAAAAGGUUCAAAUGAAAUUGUAUUCAAGGCAAUGGGAAGAGCCAUCAACAAGACCGUGACCAUAGUGGAGUUAAUCAAGAGAAGAAUUGUUGGUCUCCAUCAAAUCACAUCAAUUGGAUCCACCGACAUAACAGAUACAUGGGAACCCCUUGAGGAAGGCCUCUUUCCAUUGGAAACCACAAGGCAUGUUUCGAUGAUUACAAUAACCCUUUCCAAGAAUGAUCUGAAUGCAUCUUCUGUUGGGUACCAGCCUCCAUUACCUGCCGAGCAGGUGAAGGCAUUCACAGAGUUUGAGUACGAAGGAGAUGGUUCACCAAAUGGCCGUGGUAGGGGACGGGGUGGUAGAGGAAGGGCAAGGGGUAGGGGGAACAGAUUUGUGUCUGGUGAGCAUGAGGAUGGGGGCUGGGAUCGUAACAGGGGCUUCUUGAGGGGCAGGGGCCGAGGCCGAGGACGUGGUUUCCGUGGUCGUGGAAGGGGAGGAUUUAUUGCACAACAUGCUGAUAGCCAGCAAGAUGGAGGUUAUAAUUAUGAAGCACCUCCACAAGGCCGUGGUCGUGGCCGUGGGAGGGGAAAUCGUGGAAGGGGCCGUGGAUAUAGAUCUAAUGGUCCGAUCCCUGCAGCUGCUUAA